GGCCAUUUGUUUUGCUCGGAUGUGUUAUUUUCAAUCGGUGUGAGUCAUUCGAUGUUCAAGUAUGUGUUAUUGCGUCGCAACCGGUCACAACAAAAUGAACAUUUUGCAUCGUGGUUGUCGUGAAAAAAAAUUCCAGUUUCAAAACAUAAAUCAGAGAAUAAGUAGUAGUAAUUCCCCUACUCUCAUUGUGCUAAUAGUAAUUUAAAAGUUGAACAUUUUUUACCAACAAUGUCGGUUUGAUCCUGUUCGUUUGUGUUUAUUUUGUUGUACAAUGUGAAAUCUGGAAUGAAUGAAGAAGCUGAAGAAGAAGGGAAAGAGAGAGAGACCGAGAGCGAGUGAGUGAGCAGUUUGUGUUUGUCGAGCGGUGUGCAAAAUGGAAUUUCAAGUUUCUGUGUAACGACCAAGAGCCGGAAAGAAUGAACGAACGACAGUGAAAAAAAAACACGAAAGAAAAAAAAACAGAUUCGACAGCUUGGCUCGAAGAUAAUGUGUAAGACAAUUCGCAUUGAAAAUGAUGCAAAGUACAUAGCAAAAGGAAGGAGAAUUGCAAAGGAUUUUCCAUCUAUUGGCCAUUGUUUUAAUGAGACACACACACACACACACUUUUUGGUGAGGUGAUACUAUUUCGGGCAUAGUGCAGUUUGUGCACACGUUUAUUGUUUUUUUUUUGUGUUCUACUUCGCCAGUUCAGCCUCUGUGCAAACAAUUUACAGGAAUAUUAUGUAUGCAAUUCGGCAUAUGAGUGUGUGUCUUUAAAAUAGAAAAAAAAAACGAAAUUCAGCCUGAAUAUUGACUGAAAAAUAUUACGCUAUUAUUUGGCCACUUAAUGUUUACUCCAACGAAACAAGGCUGAAAUUUGUCAGUGUUGUGUCUUGUGUUCGAAUGUGCUCAUAGCUUUCUUUAAGUCUCGCGCGCCCGCGUUCGCUCUCUUUUUGUUUCCAUUUCAGUUGUUUCAUGAAAGUCGAAAAUUGCUGAACCAAUAUUUUAGUUAAAUUUACCGAACCGUAGUGCCUUUAACAAUCGAGUUGAGUGCAAAAAUUGAUGUGUGUAUUAUUUUUUGGUCUCUGUUUUUGAUACAAGAGUUUGACCAAAAAAAAAAGAGAAAAAGAACAAAGUGGGAAGGAAAGAAAACGUUAUUCACGGUGCGAUCACGGCACUGUUGUUUGUAAUUUGUUUGCAGUUAGUGACGAUUCAAGUGAUCUUGUUGACAUCGAAAGCAAUUGACAGUCGAAACGAAAAACAAAUCGUUUGUAUGUCAUCAUUACCACAAUCUAAGGCCCCAACGACAACAACAUUUGCAACAACAACGAACGCCAUCAAUUGACACAUAAUAGCCUCAAAAUAAAGAACGAACAAGCGAUACGAUCAUUGGUGCCGACAUCAUUUAUUGGAAAUUAUUCGAUUUGCGUGCAUUGCCAAAUAGACAAACAAACCAAAAACAAUUGCAAACUCUCUAUCGCAUCAAAGUAGAAUAAGGAACAGAUAUAUCCACUCUAUUUUACUCGCGAUCGCAUAAUGCAAUAGCGCACAAUUGAUUUCAAUUAUAAUAGUGUGGUGGCGAGAGAGUGGAGAGAGAGAGACAGAAAAGCAACAGCAUCAACAACGAUAAUAAAUCUCAACUAUUGCGGAAUAUGUAUACAUAUCGAAUGUGUGAAUUGGUUUUCGAAGUGCAAGUUUCUUUGUUCACACUUUGGAAUCGGGAUAUCGCUAGCUGCUGUGAAUAUAUAUCUCGUGUUUAACUCACUAUACCGACAUUGAGCAUACGCUGAGUGUGUGUAUAUGCACAGAGGGAACUAUGACAACUGUCACUGCCUUGUAUAGCGCAAAGUCAUAGCAAACGUGCGGUGUGUGUACAUGUAUUUUCUACAAUUUCGAUUCGAUUCGAAACAAUAACACCACAGUGCACCUGUAACCAGUGUGAUUGGCUCGGUGUGUGUGUCCGGAGAGCAAAGAACGAGAUACCAAAGUGUGUGUGUUUCGGAUUGAGCAUCUCUCUCUCUCUCUCUCUCGAUCUGUGUGUGUUGUCUCGAUGUUCAAGUUUGUGUUAUUGCGUCGUUGAACAUGUUGUAUCGUGUUUGCCGUGAAAAAAAUUCCAGUUCAAAACAUAAAUCUAAAAGUUCGAAAUAAUACAGGAAACAUACGCAACAAUGUCAGACUCAAGAAAAAGGCCACACAAUUUCAAUCAAUGGUUGGUCACUUCCAACAGUUGCUCGGACAAUUCCGAUUUGGAAUUAAUAUCGGUCACUGAUAUCAGUGAAGUGUUAAACACAAAUGAAAACGUCACAAAUUCUGAAGUAAACCGUGAGUCGAAUGAAUCGAACGAGAUGCCAAGCGAAAUUAAAUCAACCAGUACUCAAAUCCCAAAUUCUUCGUCUACAACUGCUCCACGCAAGUGUUACGAUCAAGUAAAUUCUGGUUCAAGUCACACCAAGGCCAGCACAAGUUCAGCGCCAAAAUCGAAUCUGAAAAAUGUUGCAUCACAAGGUCAACGUGCGCAAGUCGAAUCGACAAAAGAGUCGGCUAAAUCGAACGAGAAACGAAUUCAAAUUGGCUCAAAAAGGAAGCAUGAUGAAUCGGACGAUGCAAGUAAGAAGGCAAAGAAUAAAACAGUGAAUCGUGGCUUGGGUACAAUGAACGAGAAACGAAUUCAAAUUGGCUCAAAAGAGAAGCAUAAGGAUUCGGAUGAUGCAAGCAAGAAGGCAAAGAGGCAAGGUGGCUCAAGUAUAAUGAACGGGGAACAAAAUCGGCGUGGUUCGAAUGAAGCAAGUGAUCAUGGUGAACAGAAUUUUGAGUUCGAAGAUUCAGUCCUUGAUUUUGACGAUAUGUCUGCAAUUGGAAUAGACAAAUUGCUCGCAACGUGGAAUACAAAGAGCGAAUCUACGUUGGAAAUUGUGUCUUGCUACGAAGACUUCAGACUGAGUGAUCGAAACCAAAGUGUAUACACUGCAAAGUGUAAGUUCUGUGAUGGAAGCGCCGCGCCGAAAUCAUUCAUGAAAGGAAAUAAUUCAAAUCUCAGAUCUCAUCUGAAAAAAGUACACAAGUCAGAAUGGGACGCUAUUGUUGCAAAGCUCGAGGGUAAAAAGGAAGCAAAGCUGAUUGAACAGCAGAAGCUGCCUCCAGAUAAGAAGACACAAAUUGAAAAUGCAAUAGUCGAGUUUGUAGUGAAAGAACGGCUUCCGAUAUCCAAAAUGGAUAGCGUUCAUUUACAGAAAUUAAUCGAUGUCUGUUUGGACCGGGGCAAAAGGAAUGCAAACAGUAAAAAGGAUACAUAUUUGUCGGGUAGGAAAGGCAGAGCAAGAAUUACGGCAUUGGCUGCUGAGCACAAAGCUGAAUUGGUUGAAACAUUCAAAUCAGUCGAUUACCUCAGUGCAACAUCGGAUGUAUGGUCGCGAUCAAAUAAGUCCUUCUUGGCAGUCAGCGUGCACUAUUACACGAAAAAUAUGGAGCUGAAAACGUCCUUCAUAGCGUGUGAAUUGUUUGAAGGUCGUCAUACGAACGACAAAGUCGCCGCCAAACUGAAUGAAAUAUUCAAACGGUUCGGGAUAUUGGAGAAAGUGUUUUUUGUGACCACAGAUGGAGCGGGGGAAUAUACUGCCGCAUUUAAAAACUACGGCGACAAUUACCGAUCAAUUGAAUUGCUCAACAGUUACCAAGAUCUUGAAUGGUUCGGUGGAACAGCUGCACGUUCAUCUGAUUCUGAUGAUGAGGACAAUAGCGACUCGGAGCCUGAGGAUGAAUUUGUUCAUCGUAUAGACAGUAGAACCGAUCAAAUGUCGGCUGAUAUUCAAGCGGAAUUCCAAGUGCACCGAAUUUUUGAAGAUCGAGGUGACGACACUGAACUCCCAUUGCUGCGAAAUAUGAACAGAAUCGCCUGUUCUGCUCACAUGCUUGACAAAAUUGGCAAAAAUGAUUCACUAAAGGCAAAAACUGAUCCGACAUAUGACAGCAUUUUUGAACGUGUGUUCGCAAAGCUGAAAACGAUCUGGGACCUGAAAAAUUCACGCCUAUCCUCCGAAAUAUUCACGCAUUACACGCAACGAAAAUUGGUGGGACCUCAUCGUAUUCGAUGGAUGUGCACGUACGAUGCUAUUGUAAACAUACGUUCUAUUGAGCGAACAAAGUUGGAGAACUUUUGUGACGAAUUGCAAAUCUCCAAAUUCGAUGACGAUGAGUACAUUUUUCUAGAAGAAUAUAUUGAAGUGAUAAAACCCGUGGCGGCAGCACUUAAAACAUUGGAAGCAAACAAAUAUACUUCUGGUAUCUAUUUACCGAUUCUGGUUGGCCUUCGUAGCGCAUUGAAUAAUUUGCAUGAGCAAAAUCUAAUGCAUUGCCAACCUCUGAUCGAAGCUGUUGAAGCCGGAUUCGAACGAAGAUUCGGCAAUUUGAUGCUCAUUUACAAUGCCAGAAGUGUACCUCUAUACAUUGCUAUGGUGUCAAAUCCUCGAUUCAAGCUGAAUUUUCUUGGAUACAAACAAAGAGUCCCUAGGCACAUUAUUGAGAAAGUUCGGAGCAUGCUCGUGAGCGCGGCACAAGAAAUCAGAAAGCAGAGGAGCGAAAAGGAAGAGGAAAGACAACACGGCAAUUCAACACAGCAGCCAGUUGUUGGAAACAAUGCGCUAGCACCUG